AUGGAUUUUACUUCUGAUACGACAAAUUCACAAGACAGAUCAAGCUCUCACUUAAAUCUGGAAGAAGCUGUGGGCCCGCCCAAAGAUAGAAAGAAUGCAAACAUUGAUGAUGACGAGAAGCAACAACUAUCGCUGCUAGAUGAUGAGGAGUUGCGCGCCUUAAAACUACAGGAAGAGAAAGAAGCUUUGCUAACGAGGAGAAACACUCUUCUACAAGAGAUCCAGUCGUACCAAAAUAUUCUAACCAAGGAAAGUGCUGAUAAGAAACCUAAAAAUGGUGAUGUCCUGCAAAAUGAUAUUACGCAGAAUUUUCUUGAUUUAAUCUCAAUUUCGUCUUCCAACUCCAAUUUUGUGAUGAAUGACCGCAAGCAGGUCCAAAGUAUCAAUGGAUUGACUAAUUUGCAAAAGGAACUAAUAACGAAGUACGACACACUACCUUUGCUGAAUAUGAAUCUACGGCUAAGUUAUUUGAGAGACCAUACGUACCCGCACCUUCAAAUCUCUGUACAAUCCAGGGAUCGCGAGCAUAAUGAUGGGAUUGAGGUUUUGCUGGUCAACUAUAAAUUCUGCAGAAAUACAAUGAAUCCGUUUGAAGUUCAGUUUAAAAUGUUUUAUAAAUUCGAAGAUUCCACGUUGGUGAAAUGGGAGAUCUUGCGAAUUUCCGCAAAUGUUAGGCUGAAAGUGAGACAAUUACUCGCUACACGUAAUCUUCAAAGCUGUCUAUUCUGUCUUUACGAAUUUGACAAGAUCAAGUCUAGAAGAAUCAGAAUUUUCCAAGAUUUGAUCAACUUAUUGAAAAGAAAAACCAAAUGCUACCUAACAAACAAUGGUGACUCGUUGGUCGUGGAGAGAAUCAUGAGAGAGGGAGGACUAAGAACGAUAAAAUUACAGAUAAAUUUCAUCAUCGUAAUGCCCGGUGAGAGGGGAAAACCUCGUUACUGCUUUCUUCCUAUGAGUAACAUAUCAAUAGCGUUAUGGAAGGGUGGACAAAAAUUCAACCAGAUCGACUUGGACGAGAUUUGCUAUGGGCUGAUCAGGGAGUAUGGUGUGAGGGUGGGGUUAAAGGAAAUUUGCAAUGUUUGCCUAUUCCCGGACAUUUACACCAGGUAA